CUCACCUUUCUAAUGGUGAUGUAACAGUACCCACCUCAUAAGGUUGUUUAAAAGAUUACCUAAGAGCUUAUCGUAAAAAGUGCUCAGGAAAUGUUAAUGAUUUCCAACUGUUCCCACCUCCCUUUCCAGGAUGCUUACCGCUGUGGACUUCCAGCGUGCACGACCUGUCCUUCUGAGGUCUCUCCUCUGCCUUUUUCUGCUCCCAGAGGUUUUUCCUCAGCUUCCCCGCCAUCUGCCUGUGACACAGACUGUAUUUUCCUCUGGACUAUCCACAGGCCUGGUUUAAUUAGGUAUUUCCCUGAAUGUGGCUUAUUUUGGAUUCUCCAAGAGCUGAGAGAGUGAGUGGGAGAUGUUGGGGAAUUCGGAGUUGAUAAAAACCGUAGUCUCGCAGAAGAAAACAAAACAAAAUACAGACCACCACACUCAACCCUCUCCGGACAGCCCUUAACCCGGGGUUGGUCCGGCGGACGUGUCCGCGCCUCUCCCCCUCCGGCCGCCAGGCGGCGCGCGAGGAAGCUGCGGAAGUCUGUCCUGGGGCUGUGUACACAUCCUACUUCCCUGUUAUUCUUCGCUUCACUUCCGUUUAGAUUCACGUCGGCGUCUGUCACGUGGGGCUUUCCGUUCGCACACGAAUCUUUCCCGGGAACUAAGAGUCGCAGUGGGGUCUGUGCUGUCACCCGCCAGGAGCUUGCCGACUCUAGACGUCCUCGGGACAAUCAAGAUGUGCUCCUUGGGGUUGUUCCCUCCGCCACCGCCAAGGGGUCAAGUCACUCUGUAUGAGCACAAUAACGAGCUGGUGACGGGCAAUAGCUACGAGAGCCCACCUCCCGACUUCCGGGGCCAGUGGAUCAAUCUCCCCGUCCUACACCUGACCAAGGAUCCCUUAAAGACCUCUGGGAGGCUGGACCAUGGCACAAGAACUGCCUUCAUCCAUCAUCGGGAGCAAGUGUGGAAGAGAUGCAUCAACAUUUGGCGAGAUAUGGGCCUUUUUGAGGUGCUGAAUGAAAUUGCAAAUUCAGAGGAAGAAGUGUUUGAGUGGGUGAAGACGGCAUCCAGCUGGGCCCUGGCACUUUGUCGAUGGGCCUCUUCCCUCCACGGUUCCCUGUUUCCCCAUCUGUCUCUCCAGAGUGAAGAUCUGAUUGCUGAAUUUGCCCAAGUUACAAAUUGGUCUAGCUGCUGCUUGCGGGUCUUUGCGUGGCACCCGCACACCAACAAGUUUGCAGUAGCCCUGCUAGAUGACUCAAUCCGUGUGUACAAUGCCAACAGCACAAUAGUACCCUGCCUAAAGCAUCGUCUGCAGCGAAAUGUGGCGGCUCUGGCCUGGAAGCCCCUCAGUGCCUCUGUCUUGGCUGUGGCCUGCCAGAGCUGCAUUCUCAUCUGGACCCUGGACCCUACCUCCUUGUCUACUCGACCCUCUUCUGGCUGUGCCCAAGUGCUGUCUCAUCCUGGGCACACACCCGUCACCAGCUUGGCCUGGGCCCCUAGUGGGGGGCGGCUGCUGUCAGCUUCGCCUGUGGAUGCUGCUAUCCUGGUGUGGGAUGUCUCAACAGAGACCUGCGUUCCCCUUCCCUGGUUUCGAGGAGGUGGGGUUACUAACCUGCUCUGGUCCCCAGAUGGCAGCAAAGUCCUAGCUACCACACCUUCAGCUGUCUUCCGAGUCUGGGAGGCCCAGAUGUGGACUUGUGAGAGAUGGCCUACCCUAUCAGGGCGGUGUCAGACUGGCUGCUGGAGCCCAGAUGGAAACCGACUUCUGUUCACUGUUUUGGGAGAGCCACUGAUUUAUUCCUUGUCAUUCCCAGAACGUUGUGGUGAGGGAAAGGGUUAUGUUGGAGGUGCAAAGUCAGCAACAAUUGUGGCAGAUCUGUCUGAGACAACCAUACAGACACCAGGUGGUGAGGAGAGGCUUGGGGGAGAGGCCCACUCCAUGGUCUGGGACCCCAGUGGGGAACGUCUAGCUGUGCUCAUGAAAGGAAAUCCAAGGGUACAGGGUGGCAAACCAGUCAUUCUCCUUUUUCGAACUCGAAACAGCCCUGUGUUUGAGCUUCUUCCCUGUGGCAUUAUCCAGGGGGAGCCAGGAGCCCAGGCCCAGCUCAUCACUUUCCAUCCUUCCUUUAACAAAGGGGCCCUGCUCAGUGUGUGCUGGUCCACAGGCCGAAUUGCCCAUAUCCCUCUGUACUUUGUCAAUGCCCAGUUUCCACGUUUUAGCACAGUGGUUGGCUGGGCUCAAGAGCCCGCAUCUGGGGGUGGAAGCUCUAUUCAUGACCUGCCCCUCUUUACUGAGACGUCCCUGAUCUCUGCCCCUUGGGACCCCCUCCCAGGGCCCCCACCAGCCCAGCCUCAUUCACCUCACUCUCAUCUCCCAUUACAAUAAAUGUUUUGUUCUCCACU